CGUGCUCGCAAGCCAAUAGGGCGCAGGAGCCGCCCUCCGGCCCAGCGGCCCGCUACGGCCGGGAGUGCCGAGCAGCUGCGGCGGCAUGGCGGGCGUGGCCCGCGAGGUGCUCACGCUGCAGUUAGGACAUUUCGCGGGCUUCGUGGGGGCGCACUGGUGGAACCAGCAGGAUGCUGCGCUGGGACACACGACCGAGGGUGAAGAGUCGCCUGGAGAGCUGUGCCCCGAUGUCCUGUACCGAAGCGGCCGGACGCUGCAUGGCCAGGAAACCUAUACGCCACGACUCAUCCUCAUGGAUCUAAAAGGCAGUCUGAAUUCCCUGCGGGAAGAAGGUGGCCUCUACAAGGACCGACAGCUCGAGGCUGCAGUAGCGUGGCAGGGGAAGCUUACCACACACAAGGAAGAAGCCUACCCAAAGAACCCUAUCCUCCAGGACCUUCUGAGUGCAGAGGGAGCGCUGAGUAGCGAUGGUGUCUGGAGGGCCAAACCUGUCCAGAAUGGCAAAGAGAACAGCAUCAGAGUCUGGUCAGACUUCCUCAGAGUCCAUCUCCAUCCUCGAAGCAUCUGUGUGAUUCAGAAGUACAACCAUGAUGGUGAAACAGGGCGUCUGGAGGCUUUUGGCCAAGGGGAGAGUGUCCUGAAGGAGCCCCGGUACCUGGAAGAGCUGGAGGACAGACUGCAUUUCUAUGUGGAAGAAUGUGACUACUUGCAGGGCUUCCAGAUCCUGUGCGAUCUACACGAUGGUUUUUCUGGAGUGGGUGCUAAAGCUGCAGAGUUACUGCAGGACGAGUAUUCGGGGCGAGGAGUACUAACAUGGGGCCUGCUCCCGGGCCCCUACAGUCUUGGGGAGCCCCAGAAAAAUAUCUAUCGUCUCCUAAACACAGCAUUUGGUCUGGUGCACCUGACUGGGUACAGCUCUUUCGUCUGUCCCUUGUCCCUGGGAGGGAGCCUGGGCCUGCGGCCUAAGCCACCUGUCAACUUCCCUUACCUACAUUAUGAUGCCACUCUGCCCUUCCACUGUAGCGCCAUCCUGGCUACAGUCCUGGACACAGUCAGUGCUCCCUACCGCCUGCGGUCCUCCACAGUUACUAUGGCUCAUUUGGCCGAUGUGCUAAGUUUUUCUGGGAAAAAGGUGGUGACAGCAGAAGCAAUCAUCCCCUUCCCACUGGUUCCAGGCCAGUCCCUUCCAGACAUCCUGAUGCAGCUCGGAGGAGCCACCCCAUGGACUCCACUGUCUGCAUGUGGGGAUUCUGCUGGACGUCGUUGCUUCGCCCAGUCAGUGGUGCUUAGGGGUAUAGACAAAGCAAGCCACACCAGUAAACUCAACCCAGGAACAGCUCUGCCCUCCACUCUCCACGCAUGUGCCUCUGGAGAAGAAGUCUUGGCCGAGUAUCUACAGCAGCAGCAUCCUAGAGUCUUGAGCUCAUCACAUCUGCUGCUGACUCCCUGCAGAGUGGCUCCUCCUUACCCACAGCUUUUCCCGAGCUUCAGUCACAAGGGACUGGCCAUGGACAGUCCCCCCAAAGCAGUGCAGAGCAUCCCAGUGUUUGGGGCCUUGCGCUCAUCUUCAUCCUUGCACCGGACCCUGGGAGACUUGGCUGAAGAGCUUGCCAGACUUGACCUACGGCGCUGGGCUAGCUUCAUGGAUGCUGGGGUGGAGCAGGAUGACAUGGAGGAGCUGCUGCAGGAGUUGUACAGCCUGGCCCAGUGUUACCAGGAGGGUGACAGUCUUUCAAACUGACGUUCCAGGGGAGGGUAAUGGGGAGAUACUUUAUAAUAAAAGCUGCCGGGUGCAGGAACCCAGUGUAUAGGGA